CCGAGACGCGCCAGCGCCUCCUGCGCACCGCCAAGAAGGAGGUGAAGCAGAUCAUGGAAGAAGCCGUCACGAGGAAAUUUGUGCACGAGGACAGCAGCCACAUCAUUUCUUUCUGCGCGGCCGUCGAAGCCUGCGUCCUCCACGGCCUGAAGCGACGUGCGGCCGGCUUCCUGCGCAGCAACAAGAUUGCCGCCCUGUUCAUGAAGGUGGGGAAGAGCUUCCCGCCCGCUGAAGAGCUCUCUCGGAAGGUGCAGGAUCUGGAGCAGCUCAUCGAGAACGCGCGAAACCAGGGAACGGGUGCCCAGGAGAACACCCGCAGAGUCCAGAAGCUCCCCAGCCUGUCCCCGCAGGCCAUCAAACAUCUCUGGAUCCGGACGGCCCUUUUUGAGAAGGUUCUGGACAAGAUAGUGCACCACUUGGUGGAAAACAGCAGUAAAUACUAUGAGAAGGAAGCCCUGCUCAUGGAUCCUGUCGAUGGGCCCAUCUUGGCUUCAUUGCUAGUGGGCCCUUGCGCGCUGGAAUACACCAAGAUGAAGACCGCCGAUCACUUCUGGACCGACCCCUCGGCCGACGAGCUGGUUCAGCGCCAUCGGAUUCACAGCUCCCACUGCCGCCAAGACUCGCCCACCAAGCGUCCGGCUCUCUGUAUCCAGAAGAGGCAUUCGAGUGGCAGCAUGGAUGACCGGCUGUCCCUUUCGGCCAGGGACUACGUCGAGUCGUUGCACCAGAACUCCAGGGCUACCCUCUUGUACGGCAAGAACAACGUCCUGGUGCAACCUCGAGAUGAUAUGGAAGCAAUUCCAGGCUACUUGUCCCUUCACCAGACCGCCGACAUCAUGACGCUGAAGUGGACUCCAAACCAGCUGAUGAAUGGCUCAGUGGGCGAUUUGGACUAUGAGAAAAGCGUCUACUGGGACUACGCCAUGACCAUCCGCCUGGAAGAGAUUGUCUACCUGCACUGCCACCAGCAGGUAGACAGCGGGGGCACGGUUGUCCUGGUGAGCCAAGACGGCAUCCAGCGCCCUCCGUUCCGCUUCCCCAGAGGGGGUCAUCUCCUGCAGUUCCUCUCCUGCCUCGAGAAUGGGCUCCUGCCCCACGGCCAGCUGGACCCACCGCUCUGGUCACAGAGGGGGAAGGGGAAAGUGUUCCCAAAGCUGAAGAAAAGAAGCCCCCAAGGGUCUUCGGAGUCCGCGUCAGACAAGGAAGAUGACGAGGCGACGGACUAUGUCUUCAGGAUCCUCUAUCCCAGCAUGCAGUCGGAGUUUGCCGCCCAAGACCUGAUAGAUGCCCCUGGGAGCGCCCUUCCUUCCAUGUGGCAACCGAGCACGCGCAAAUCCUCUUGCUCCUCCUGCUCCCAGAGUGGCUCCACGGAGAGUGGCCCGUCCAAUGGCUGCAACCACGAAAGAGCCCCACUGAAGCUGCUGUGUGAUAACAUGAAGUACCAGAUCCUCUCCCGAGCAUUUUACGGCUGGCUCGCCUACUGCCGGCACCUCUCCACGGUGCGGACCCACCUCUCAGCGCUGGUGAACCACGACAUCGUGUCUCCGGAUGUGCCGUGCAAUGCCGCUGUGGGGCUGACCAUGGAGAUUUGGGAGAAGUUUUUGCUGGACAGCACGAGCUACGAGGAGAAGGAGCUGCUGCGAUUGGUCUACUUUGGAGGGGUCCAACCUGAGAUCCGGAAAGCUGUCUGGCCUUUCCUUUUGGGGCAUUACCGUUUUGGGAUGUCAGAAGCCGAGAGGAAAGAGGUCGACAGCCAGACCCGCGCCUGCUACGAGCAAACCAUGGCGGAGUGGCUGGGCUGCGAGGCCAUUGUCAGGCAGCGGGAGAAGGAAUCGCAUGCGGCGGCCCUGGCCAAGUGCUCCUCGGGGCCCAGCCUGGACUCCCAGAUGGAGCGCAUGAUGCACCGGGACUCGACCAUCAGCAAUGACUCUUCUCAGAGCGGCAGUUCCGGCCGACAAAACCUGACCCGGCUGCAGAGUGACUCCAGCAGCAGCACCCAGGUAUUUGAGUCGGUCGAUGACGUGGAACAACCCGAAGCAGAAGCCAAGCUAGAAGAGGGGAAACGAGCAGCGCUCUCCAAUGGGACCAUCCCUGAUAGCAACUCCCCUGACUCGGGACAUCCUUCUUCCCAGAACUUUUCCAUCACCUCGGCAUACUCGGAGCGCAGCUUCAGCACCGAGGACAGCGUAGCAGAGGCUGGUAAGGCUGCGGUGUACCAUUCUGCUCGGACGAGUGUGGAGGUGGGCCAAGGACCCCUCACCACGGAUGACACCCUCUUAGAUGGCAAACCAACAAGGGGUCUGGACGGUCUGGACGGGGGCUUUCCUGCGCCCAGGAGUUUAGACGAGUUCAUUCUGAUGGGCACGGAGCGUCCCGAUAAAGAGGGGGGAACCCUCUCUAUGGUGGACGUGACGGACAGCUGGGUUGACCACAGCGCAGAGCAACCGAACUCAAUGGGGAGCGAAGACGACCUCUCGGAAGAGCCAGAAAUGGAAAGCUUGUACCCGCAGCUGGAUUCGCACACGCUGGCUGUCACCGACUUGACCGUGAGCGAAGUUUCGCCCGUCUCCUCGUCGGGGGUCUCCUAUUCUCCAGAACUUCUGGACAUGUACACCAUCAACCUGCAUCGCAUUGAGAAGGACGUACAGAGGUGUGACCGUAACUACUGGUAUUUCUCACCAGCCAACCUGGAGAAACUGCGUAACAUCAUGUGCAGCUACAUCUGGCAUCAUAUCGACAUCGGCUACGUUCAGGGAAUGUGUGACUUGCUGGCUCCUUUGCUGGUCAUUCUGGAUGAUGAAGCCCUUGCGUUCAGCUGCUUUACAGAGCUCAUGAAGAGGAUGAACCAGAACUUCCCCCACGGAGGAGCCAUGGACACUCACUUCGCCAACAUGAGGUCCCUGAUCCAGAUUUUGGACUCGGAGCUGUUUGAGCUGAUGCACCAAAAUGGCGAUUAUACGCAUUUCUACUUCUGCUAUCGCUGGUUCCUCUUGGAUUUUAAGCGAGAACUGGUUUACGACGACGUCUUCGCUGUCUGGGAGACCAUCUGGGCCGCGACGCGGAUCUCCUCAUCGCACUACGUCCUUUUCAUCGCUCUUGCCUUGGUGGAGGUUUAUCGGGACAUCAUCCUGGAGAACAACAUGGACUUCACGGACAUCAUAAAGUUCUUCAACGAAAUGGCUGAGCGGCACAACACCAAGCAGAUCCUGAAGCUGGCGCGGGACCUCGUGUACAAAGUCCAGACACUAAUCGAGAACAAGUGAUUCGGGGGGGCUGCCUGCCUUCUGAGGACAGAGCCAUCCUUGUCUGUUUUGAGGCUAAGAAAGGCCACCACAGUAUGUAAGAGAGAGAGAGACACAGAGAGAGAGAGAGAGAAUGGGAGAGAAUCUCUCAAUUGUCUCAAGGGAAACCCCGGAGAGGUGGCAGCCCAGCCCAGCCAUUCCGCUGAUUCGAGUGGGGAGCGUUUCCGUCCGCUGCUUGUCCGCUCUCCUUCUGUCGUGGCGAUUAACCAAAGAACUCGCAAUCUCCACCUCCUGUCUCAUGCAAGUGGGGUGGCGUUUGACCUGGCACAAAUCUUGU